GCCAGACAUCAAGGAGAACGAUGAAUGAAAAUCCACUUUCUGCACUCUUCAUCCUCCUUUGCACGAACUUCGCCGGAUGCCUUGCUAAUGAGAGCUCUCUGGUUGAAGUGACUGGUUCCCAUGCAGACAGCUGGACUAUGAAGGUCCCCUCUGAGGUGACUGCUCUGGUCGGCCAUUCUGUGGUCCUGCCCUGUACCUUCACUCAUCCCUACCGACACCACCACGGGACCAUCUUGGUCACCUGGAGACUGGGACAGCCCUUCACUGGCACUGUGGUGUUCCAGUGUAGCAGCCACAAUGCCUCAGACGGCUGUGAGACCCCCCUGAACCAGGGACAUCGCUACCAGCUCGUGGGGAACUCCCGGGCUCAUGACUUGUCUCUGCGGCUUGACAACGUCACCUUCCAGGAUGCCAACAAGUACUUCUGCAUGGUGGAGCUCUCAGGACACCUGGGUGCCAAGUUUGAAAACAAGAUGGCCAUCCAGCUUAUAGUGGCAGCGCCGGCGCAGAUUGUGGACCUGUCUGUGUUGGGUGGGGGUGAGGCUGGGUACAGUGCGUUGUGUCGGGCUGAGGGAGAGCCCCUUCCCAGAAUCUCCUGGACCGGGCCCUAUGGAGACCUGCUGGAGGAGGCAGGCCCGCCCCAGCUGACCCUGAGGCAGCACCAGACUACUCAAGAGCUCCAGAACCUGAGCCAGGACGGGCGAUAUACCUGUAUCGCCAGCAAUGCCUACGGCAGGGACCAUGCCACUGUCUACCUGGUCCACCACACGCAUGAGGGGGGCUCCUCCGCUCUGCUGCUCAUGUGGAUCUCUCUGGGAGCCAAGCUUGUCAUCUUCCUUUUGCUCCUAGGGGCCCUUGUGUGGCUUCAGAGCAGAGAUAACAGUAAACAUGAAAGUUCAAUCAGGAUGCAACAGUGUUCCAGCUAUGAGAAUAUAUAGACACCAAUGGACUACCUUUACUGAAGUACAAAUACAUUGGCCCACUACCUGUUACACAACGUUUAGGAACCUGGCAUCCGGUUUAGUUUUCUUGACCACACUGCAUAGAGCUACAUGAUUUCUUUAAAAUGUUUUCAAUGAAAAAGGCACCAGCUGCACCAAAGAUCAGAAAUAUUUCUUCUAUGGUUAGCUCUGUCCAGUACAAGAA